AUGGCCGUCAGGGAGAACCGCCGGCGCUCCAUCGCAGAGCCCGACGGCAGCCAGCCGCGAGCCCCCGGCGACAUGCCGCGUCUUCGCACCACGGACGAGCGUGGUUUCACGACCAGCGCCAGCUCCCCGGACGCCAGUCCUUCGAACAGCCUGCGACGCAGCUUUCGCCGCAGCCGGCCUUCCUCGUCCGAAAUGGCCAGCGACGACCAGCUGUUCGACUUCCUCAGGCACGGCUCGGACAGGGAGGACUCGCUCGGACGACGGGCGUCACGCCGCGAAGCGAGACGUCGCUGGGCUGCAGACCUCUCAGAAGACUCGACGUCUCGUGAAAGGGUGCCGUCGCGAGAGACUGAGCAGACGCCUCAGGCUGAGACACCUCGUGAGCCGGCUACCAGCUCUUCUCCUGCUGCCGACGCGCCUUCGUACACACCGAGACGCUCGUUGGCGAAACCCACUUCCACUACGGCUACAAGCUCCACUGGAACAUUGACGCCGUCGACAGAACUCCAGAAGAGUGUUUCACGACACGAUGCGUCAAGCAAGCCCGUUACGCUGUCACCACCAUCGCCGAUUACUCCGACGAGUACGACACCACAAGGCACGCCUGAAGCAACGACACUGGUUGACUUUUCUCGCCAUACUGGCGUUCCCGUUAAGAGAAUCCCUCCGCCGUCGCCGGUGCCGGCAGUUCCCGCAGUACCGUCGACCACCCCAGCUGCCCAAGUCAGCUUCGUUCACAGCAGUAGCCCUCCCAGACGAAGCGCGCUGCCGUCGCCAACAUCUCUUCAACCUAUGCACAUUGCGACACCCAACAUCGCAUCUACCGCGGUGAACAGCCAGCCGUCGCAAGGUAACGGCUUGCCGUCGCCACCCCCUAGGAUAACGCCACCGCUUCAGCUCACGCCCCGAGUGACGCCACCUCCAUUAGUGACGUCACCGACCCUGACGACAUCACCUCCCCGCGUGACACCUCCUCCCCGGCUAACUCAGACUUACGGAAUAACAACGCAUUCUUCCGUAACAACUCCACGAACGACACCAUCACCGACCAGGACGACACCACCACCUCAAGUAACAUCGCCAUCAGCGGCGAACUUGCAAUCACCACCUGCGUUGCCAGUAACCCCACCGACGUUUCCAAGCAGCGUCUCCUCACCGGCUCCAUCACCAACGAGAAUGGAAGGCGUUCGUCGCAGUUCGAUACCCACAAUGCCCGGAAGCACCGUACUCAAGAGAAGCUCAAGGGUAUCUCCGUCGGAGAAACCUUUCAUGAGGGCCACCUCAGCUUGGACGGCGAGGUCGGGGCCGCUGCCUGCGACGAACGGAAACACUCCACCGUUCGGGUCAUCCUCGCCUCUGUUCACUCCCUCGUCUCCUCUUUCCGGAACACACUCGGCGAACGUCUCUCUACAGCGUCGAAUACCGCUGACGCCCCUUCGUGACCGAUCGAUGGGACAGCGACCGUCCAGAACGAAGACACCACCGGAGAACCAGCAUAUACCUGGUUCGCGGUGGCGCAGCUCAAGGACGGGCAUGAGCCCGUAGUGAUAAGAACUGUGUGGCGGCUCAUUUAGUGGCGCCGCUUGAUAUGACCAGGACUUGGAGAGAGAGAG